GGUUUUAUAAUUAUGGUAAUACAAUCGGCCCGUCCCGGCUUCGCUCGGGUAAAACCAUAAUAAAUUAUACAUCUAAACUUCAAAAACCACACUUUCUGUCGCUGAAAAAACCGCCCGGUCAUUUUGAGUUUGUCGCGUUCAGACGAACGUGUUUCUUUUUAUAAUAUGCAAGGUGCCUAACAUGGAGAGGGUAGGGGUCUUAAACAUUAUACUGUCAUUCACAUUUCUAUUAGCAACUCAAGGAUUAUCUGAAGACCUGCCCUGCGCAGCUCGCGAUGUGGGCAUCGAGGGUCGAUCCAUCGUCUGCGUGUGCAAUGCCACCUACUGCGACACGAUAUACAGGGAGGCAGUGCCGCCUGGCACCUACUUCAUGUACACAUCCAGCAAUGCGGGUAAACGAUUUGAAAAAUCAAGUGGGGUCAUAGAAGUGGCGGAGGAGUCGUUUGAUGAUGAUGAAACCGGUGCUGACAUUAUUUCGGAUUUUAAAAACUUCCCCGCCUAUGAUGACGAAGACGACGACUUUCAGGAAACCAUCUGGAACAGAGUGGUCCUGAGGUUAUUCACCAUCAUCCGAUCCCAGUUUCUGGAGGGAUUCGGUGGAUCUGUCACUGACGCCGCCGCUAUCAACUGGAGGAAGCUGUCGGAUCCCACUCAGAGAGAGUUUAUCAGAUCAUACUUCAGCACAGACGGGCUGGAGUACAAUCUUAUCCGGGUCCCCAUUGGUGGCGCGGACUUCUCAACGCACCCAUACACUUACAACGAAUUGCCGUGGAACGAUGGCGCGCUCUCCAACUUCUCUCUAAGCGAUGAAGACUUUUUCUUUAAGUUGCCAAUGAUCAAGCUAGCCCAAGAAGCGGCCCCCGAAGAGAUCAAGAUAACAGCCAGCACAUGGUCCCCGCCCAUCUGGAUGAAGACCAACGAGAGAAUCACCGGGUUUGGCCAGGUCAAGCCGGAGUUCUACCAGUCUUAUGCCGACUACCACAUACGCUUCAUAGAAGAGUACGAAAAGGCCGAAGUGAAGAUCUGGGCGAUCACAACCACUAACGAGCCUAUCAAUGGCAUUGUUCCUAUCGUCAACUUCAACUCUUUAGGAUGGACGCCCGCACAACUGGGUCGCUGGGUAGCAAACAAUCUUGGCCCUACAGUCAGAAAUUCCAAGUUCAACCAAACAUUAAUUUUAGCUGUGGACGACCAGCGCUACAUUAUACCUAUCUGGUUGAGAGGUAUGGAGAGUGCAGACCCACGUUCCAUAGAAUACAUAGAUGGCAUAGCUAUCCAUUACUACGGGAACUUUGUACCUCCAGACAUCCUCAGCCGGAUACAUCAUCGGUAUCCCGGAAAAAUACUGCUUUCCACUGAAGCCUGUGAAGGUCCGAUGCCCUGGGACUUGCUAAAGGUGGAGGUUGGAUCGUGGGCUCGAGCACGAAGGUACACAAGAAACAUCUUAGAAGAUCUGAACAACUACGUCGUGGGCUGGAUCGACUGGAAUCUCUGCUUAGACCCGGAGGGCGGCCCCAACUGGGCCGAAAACUUCGUGGAUGCCCCCAUCCUUGUGUACGAAGAGAACGACGAAUUCAUAAAGCAACCUAUGUUCUACGCCAUGGGGCACUUCUCCAAGUUCAUCCCUAGGGGGUCACGGGUCAUCAGGGCCGCUAGAAGAAGCCUUGCCACGCUUGAGAAUAUCGCCGUUCUUACACCCAGGGACACGAUCGUCAUGGUGAUACAGAACAGGUACACAAGUGAGCGCAGUGUUCGCAUCAACAUCGACAACACAAGAUUCAUACGAUUCAGGAUGGAGCCGGAAUCUAUCAAAACCAUUGAAAUAAAUCCAAAUUCAUAAAAAUAA